AUGCUCGCCUUUGUUCAGAUUGCCGUCGCCGUGGCCACCUUUAUGCAGGCUGCAAGCGCAUACUCCAGUUACAUGAAGCUUAUUCCCAACGGUCUAAACCUUGGCAAGCCUCUAGGCCACUCGGAAACGAGCUACACGGACUUUGGCACGCUCUUCUCGGAUAAAGGCACCGAAUGGCUCAAGGUAUGCUCGCUGACGUGGCCAGGCGGCUCGGUCACGUGUGGUGAGGCCCUAGGAGACCCAUGUUGCAAGUGGAGCUCCAAUGAACCAGACUACACGCUAACGGAGGUCAACACAGACGGCACAAAGUGCGCAGACGACAGCGCUAGCGCUGCACCCGCCCCCUCGGAGGCUCCGACUGGUGACAUUUAUAAACCAACAGGUCAUACUGCUGCCAAGGACUUGGCAAACGCUACCGCUGCCAUAGAUUCGACAUACAGCGCCGCUUUCACGGAUUUGACAGAUAAUGCCGUAGUCACGGACCCGGUGGAGGACCUCGUUGUUUUGCACCCACUGGACGGCACCAAUGGCGCUUACCCUACGGACGACACUACUGCCACUCACCCGACGAACGACACCACCGCCACUUACGAGACGGGGCGGCGCUGCCGCCACUGA